GGACCGUUUCUUUUCUUUUGCUCUCAGAGAUACUCCCUUUUGCGCUGCCAGUACUUCAUUUUGGCAGAACGAUGCUGUCCCAGCGAAUCUUGACCCGGCGCCUGCCCCAGCUGGCUGCCCGCACGACCGUCCCCCGCGCUUCUUUUUCGCAAGUCCGGAGCCUCGGUGCUUCUGCUGAGCUCGACGACCCUUUGCAGAAUGGCAACUACCAGAACCCUCCCCGUGUGAAGCGUCAAUUCAGAGAUCCCUAUGGCGGCUGGUGGGAUCAGCAGGAGCGUCGGAACUUUGGCGAACCCGUUCACGAGGAGAACGAAAUCCUCGGUAUCUUCAGUCCCGAGCAGUACACCCACGUCACCCCUCGCAAGGGUCUGUUCCAGAUCGGAUGCUUCAUCGCAGCUGUCUUCGGUUUGAGCGCUGUUGUGGCCCAGUUCUACCCGGACAAGCCUAGUGUCCCCCGGACAUUCCCCGAUGGCUUGGAGAAGGAGCUCGGAGGCGCGCACGCUGCUCCGGCGCGCAAGCCCGGCCAGGAGUCCUGGUAAUGGCCAUCUGAUGUUUCCAUUUCUACAUGUGUAAAUAACAUACUUGCAACACGAACUUUUUGUUUUCUUCCCUCGGCGUCACUCGUGGAUCGGAUAGUCGAUGCUCCAACAGUCGGGCUCGCUUUCAUCGGAAUAUCAUUGAACAUUGAUUGUUAUACUAUUGAUAUUAUGAUCGUGAAGCAAUCAUAUGGUAGCGUCAGGCAAAGCGGUCCAGAGUAGUCUGCAUCUGGAGGGAGUAGGGGCAACGAACAAGAGCAGGGGCAAAAGGGAAUACCACGUGAAAGCUGCUUUGUCUGCUCUUUAAUGCGCCAAAGUGGACAGGAGUCUACUAAAAAUAUAAAAGAAUAGUGGG